AUGGAUAAGACAUGGACCGAUAUAUCAUCUCUCCUUCUAGCACAACUGGUUUUUAAACAUGGCACAGACUUUUCUAUUAUUCAAACUCACCUUUUACAACAUCCUCUGGCAGAUCAGGCUAUUUAUUCUAUUGAAGAUAUUAAAGCGCAAUAUGAGCAGCUACUUGAAGAAAACCAGCUAAAAAAAGAGGAGAAUAGAUCAAUAGAAGAAGGAAUAUGCCCAGAAGAAAGGUCAAUUGAAUCUAAACUUUGUAAAAUUUUAUAUGAAAAACGUAUAAUAGAGUUAAAGAAGGAGAUUCGUAAGGAAGAAGAAGCCUAUAAGAAGAUUACAGAAGAAAUUGAAGAGAUUCAGAGUGGACGAUUACCAAUAAGCCUAAAUAUAGAGGAAACCGUGACAAAAAAUGAAAAUAAUGUAGAAAAUCCAGCAGAUAUAUCAUCAGCAUCCGUUGUAGUUGAAAGAAAAGGACGUCAUGAAGAGGUAGCAAGUUCAAUGAAUGCAGAGGAGGUGAUACCACAAGUAGAAGAGAAUAGUAUAUCAGUUGAAGCUAUAGGAAACCAAGGAUCAAAGUUGCAAGAAAAGAAUGACAAGAAUAUAAAGAAACAAAAUGUUAAGAAAAGCACGAGAAGCCUUGUGAAGAAAGAAAUGCAAGUUUUUCAACCGGAAAAUAUAAGUGAAAAUUCGAGUAAACCAUCGGCAUUAGAAUCGACGUCAUUAAAACGUUUUCAAAGUAUGAUUUUACCAUUAUGGAUGAGUCUUUCACAACAUAAGCAUGGAACCGUUUUUAUGGGACCAGUUUCAGAUAAAGAUGCGCCUGGAUAUUCAAGUUUGAUUCAUUUUCCAACAGAUAUGAAGUUGAUCAGAAAUAAAAUCCGUGAUGGAAAGAUUACUACAUCUAAACAAUUUCACCGAGAAGUUCUUUUACUUUUUGCUAAUGCUAUUAUGUAUAAUGGUGAAGAGAGUACCAUUGCUCAAUGGGCUAAAGAAGGUUUUGCAGUUGGUUGUAGGAGUUGGAAAAGAAGGCGAAGAAACAUCUAA